AUGAAGAAGAGUACUAGUACUAGCAACAAUAUUCUUUUCUUCAUACAUCCUCACAUCUUUCUACUACUACUACUCAUAUGUCAAUGGGCGAGUUUCGCUUCCGCCGUAGCUGCUGCUCUCAGCAGCCGGAGCGGAAGCUGGAACUUACUACUAUCAAACAUUGGAAUUUCCGCCAUGCACAUGCAACUUCUCAACAACGAUAGGGUCGUCAUGUUUGAUCGUACUGACUUUGGCAUGUCCAACAUUUCGUUGCCUGAUGGAAAAUGUCGGUAUGAUCAAAAUGACACUACGUUGAAAGUAGACUGCACUGCUCACUCUAUAGAAUACGACAUUGCUAGCAACUCGAUACGUCCCCUCAUGGUCCAAACCGAUGUUUGGUGCUCCUCGGGUUCCGUGUUCCCCGACGGUUCGUUAGUUCAAACCGGUGGAUUCAACGAUGGUGAGAAAGUUGUACGAGUUUUUAAGCCUUGUAGUAAUGUAACUACUAAUGGUACGUGUGAUUGGGAAGAAAUUCAAGGUGGAUUAAUUCAACGACGAUGGUAUUCGACCAAUCAUAUUUUGCCAGAUGGCAGACAAAUUAUUAUUGGUGGUCGUAGGGCUUUUAAUUACGAGUUUUAUCCCAAGAGUGCAUCGGCAAAUAAUUCAUAUAGUUUGCCUUUUCUUGUGAAGACAAAUGAUCCAAAUAAAAUUGAGAAUAAUUUAUACCCUUUUGUUUUCCUUAAUGUGGAUGGGAAUUUAUUCAUUUUCGCGAAUAAUCGAGCUAUAUUGUUUGAUUAUACGAAAAAUGUAGUAUUGAAAAAUUAUCCGGAAAUACCAAGUGGUGACCCGAGAAAUUAUCCGAGUACGGGUUCGGCCGUUCUUCUACCAUUGAAGAAUUUACAAGCACAAGAAAUUCAAGCUGAAGUGUUGGUAUGUGGUGGAGCCCCGAAAGGUUCGUAUACUAGUGCUCUAAAUGGUAAUUUUUCGGGUGCGUUGAGUACCUGCGGGCGAAUCACAAUAACCGACCCGAACCCACAAUGGACUAUGGAGACCAUGCCAUUGGCUAGGACAAUGGGUGAUAUGGUAAUUUUACCCAAUGGAAAUGUCUUGAUCAUUAAUGGAGCCACCAUGGGUACAGCUGGAUGGGAAUGUGGUCGGGACCCGGUUUUGAAACCCGUGAUUUACCGACCCGACAACCCGUUUGACUCUCGGUUCGAGAUACAAAAUUCGAGUACCAUACCAAGGAUGUACCAUUCAACGGCGGUUUUACUCAGAGAUGGUCGAGUUCUUGUUGGGGGUAGUAAUCCGCAUAUAUAUUACAAUUUCACUGGAGUUCUUUUUCCUACUGAGUUAAGCCUAGAGGCAUUUUCACCGUCUUAUUUGGAUUCGAUAUCUGAGUACUUACGUCCACAAAUCAUCUCUCCUGCUUCACAAUAUGCAUUCGGGUAUGGGCAACGAAUGCCCAUACGAUUUAAGGUUGCGGGGCGGGUAGACAUAAAUUUGGUCACGGUAACAAUGGUUGCACCUGGAUUUAACACACAUUCAUUUACGAUGAAUCAAAGAUUAUUGGUGUUAACAAGUGAAAAUGUGAAAUUAAUUGGGGACAAUGCCUAUCAAAUCAAUGUGGUCACACCAAGUAAUGCUAAAUUAGCUCCACCUGGUUAUUAUCUUUUAUUUGUGGUUCAUCAAGAUAUACCAAGUGAAGGAAUUUGGGUCAAAAUUCAGUGA